AUGAAUGUUGAAGAAGAUGAUCUAAUUUUUUUAAAAGUUUCAGCCCAACCCUUAUGGACAGGAUGCAGAAACACCCCCUAUUUGAUACGAGCAGGAAUCAAUAUUGAUAAGUGUUUGAUCUAUAAAGUCAUCACUAAUCUAAGGUAAUCUUGGAUUUGCAAACUCAACAAAGAUCGUAUCGAGAAGGAUAAAGAACUCUACAACAAAUCAAUUUAAACUACAAAUUUCCAAGGAGUGCUGGAUCUAUUAGAUUUAGCUUUAAAAUUUGAUCCUUAAGCCGAAUACUCCUUCAAGUUGAAUGACUCCUCCUUGUAUUACGGGUACAGUAAUGUCAUCAAGAUUUACACUUUAACAUGGGUUUUCGAUUGCAAAGUUGUAGAUGACCAACAUCAUAACAAAAUUCUGAUAAAUGACAUUUUAAAUCCAUUGCUGUUGACUAUCCAUUCUUUAGAAAAUAGAUGCAAUAACUACAAAACAGCAUUUUCUUAAUUAGAAUAGGAUUAUAUAAAGAGAUUAAAUGAAAAGGAAAGAGCCUAAUAUAAAGUUAGGGAUAAAGAUGAAGACUUGAGUGUCUACAUUUUAGAUGAUCAAAUUGACCAAGAGAAAAUAUGUUAAAUAAACUUUACUCCUAUGGCAAAUUAUUUCAUCCAAUAUUAUGCUAUUAAUAAAGUGAAUAAAACAUUACAGCAAAGCAAAAAAAGACAGCCAUAACAAUAAAAUAAAAAUGACAAUCCUUCCUAAAAUAUAAAUAAAAAAGGAACAAAAUUUGGUAGAGUUAUGAAAAUACAUUAUCUGAUAUGUUUGAAGGAAAAGGAUAAUAAGUAUUGGAAAAUGAUAACAAUGAAUAAAACAGGAUUUUUAUGA